CAACUGAUGAAAGUGUUCAAGAAAAUAAAAAAAGACAGAUAGAAGAUAAUGACAAUAAUGAAGAUUCGAAAAAAAUGAAAAAAACUGAACGGGUAAAAAAACGGAAUUUUGCCUUAUUACUAGGAUACUUAGGUAAAGAUUAUUAUGGCAUGCAAAGAAAUCCCAACAUGAAAACGAUCGAAGAAGAUCUAUUCACAGCAUUGCUUAAAGCUGAUUUGAUUGACCAAGAGUCGUUUGAAACAAUUCAAUACACUCAUUUUCAGAGAGCUGCGAGAACCGAUAAGGGAGUAUCUGCGACUCGACAAAUUUGUUCUGUAAAAUUACCUGAACAUUCUAAAAUAGAAGAUAUAAAUAAGUAUUUACCAAAACAAAUACGAGUUUUUGGUUUAAAAAGAGUCACAAAAGGAUUUAAUAGUAAAGGACAGUGUAAUGCGAGGACUUAUACUUAUACUCUUCCAACUUUUGCAUUUGCACCCGACGAUCCUUCGAUUGUCGCUAUAACUCCAACUGACGAAGAUAUUCAGAAACGAAUUGAAAAACUUUCAGUAAUUGACGGAAAACCAUUCACUGAUUUUCGCAUGACACCCGAGUUACUUGAAAAAGUAAAUUCGGUUUUACAAUUAUAUUGCGGAACGCAUAAUUUCCAUAAUUUCACAUCUAAAGUGAGACCGUUUGAUCCAAGGGCUAUGAGAUACAUUAUUAAAUGUCAUUGUUUAGAAACUCAUGUGACAAACAAUAUUGAAUUUGCAACAAUUUUAAUAAAAGGACAAAGUUUUAUGCUUCAUCAGAUCAGGAAAAUGAUGGCACUAGCAAUUGGUGUAGUAAGAAAUCUUAUUUCAGAAGAAACUUUAGAAGAAUGUUUUAAGCCCGAAAAACGUGAAGUUCCUACUGCUCCAAGUUUAGGAUUAGUUCUUAAUCAUGUUCAUUAUGACACUUAUAAUAAAAGAUAUGGAUCCGAUGGACUUCACGAAAAAUUAGAGUGGGAUGAAUGUGAAAGUCAAAUUCAGAAAUUUCACGAAGAUUUUAUUUUGCGACAUAUUGAAGAAACUGAAAUCGAAAAUCAAUCGUAUCCUUUUUAA